AUGGUGUCAGAAGUUCAACCAUUUUGUUACAAACUAUUGGCAGACGCUCUCCAAAUAUUUUACUCGUUUAAUACUGAAAUAGAUAAGAUCACCUACAUAUAUCUACUCGCACUCUACUACCUAUUUGAAGACUAUUUUACGCCGCGUGUGAAUAUCUCUGUCGAAAGGCAUAAGCUGUUCAAUAGAAAACAAGGUCCAGAUGAAGAAAUUGAGACAUAUGCCACUGAUCUCAAGAAUCUAAGCAUCCAAUGCAAUUUCGAAGGUCUUGCCGAUGAUAUAGUAAAGGACAUAUUCUCAUGGAACCUAAAUUCAUCUUGCUCAUACAUCAGAGAACGUAUCCUGAUCGAGAAACCAUCUUCGUUUGAUGCAGCCGUCAGUCUAGCUAAAACGCUAAGAAAUACAAGGUUAGAGGCUAAAGCCUUAUCAAGCCAUGAAGUAAGUGUCGUCAGUCGUCAAUCACGUCACAGUCGCCUAACAAAACGUGAUCAAGAGAGUCAUAGGCAAAGAAGUCAUAAUCGUCAAAGAAGUCAUAGCCGUCAAGAAAGUCUUAGUCGUCACUCAAGUGAAGCAUCGUCCAGUCAAGAACAUCAGUCUAAACAGUCAUCCAAGAACUGCUCCAGAUGUGGUCAAGUUCACUGUACAAAAUGUCCAGCCAUGGGAGUCAUCUGUAACAACUGCCACAAGCCGAACCACUUUGCCAAGUGUUGCCGCAGCACACAUGUGAGAUUCAUAGAAGAAAAAAGUAUGGGUAAUCCCAUUGAUACUUAUUUUCUAAAUAGUCUUUUCACUAAUGAGAUUUCUGUCAGCCAAAGAAACCCUUAUCAUAUAACUUUGUCCAUAAAUAGUAAGAAUGUAGACUUUUUACUUGACACAGGUGCUGACACUAACAUUUUAUCAUUUAACUCUUACAAAAAACUUAAUUUGUCAUUGAGUAGUUUAAAGAAAAGUAAUCACAAACUUUCAACCUUUAGCGGUGAAGUAUUACCUACAGUAGGUCAAUGCAUUCUGUCUGUCACACAUAACAACAAAGUAUACAAUGUCAAUUUCCACAUUAUAGAUAUACCUUGUAGAAAUAUUAUUGGUCGCAACAGUUGUGAGAAUUUAAAAUUAGUCAAAAGAGUCCAUAAUGUCCAAUUUCAUGAGUCUGUCAAUGUAUCACAGCUUGUUGAAUAUAAAGAUCUCUUCUCAGGAAUAGGUUGUCUUAAAGAUUACGAAUGUCAUUUGUCAAUGAAGCCUGAUGCUGUACCAUCUAUAGAUGUCCAUUCAGUCUCUUAGAACAAUUAAAAGAAGAAUAAGCCAUGUUAGAAAAAGAUCAAAUUAUAACCAAAGUCGAGGAACCUACUAAAUGGGUUAGCUCAAUUGUAAUUGCCUCAAAAAAGAAUGGUAAACUACGCCUGUGCAUUGAUCCAAGAAAACUUAAUAAAGCCAUUGUGCGUCCUCAUUAUCAAUUUCCAACUAUUGAUGAAAUUAAAUCCAGCCUCUCUGGUACGCAAACAAAGGUUUUUAUAUGCUUAAAUUAGAUGAAGCUUCUUCAAAGCUAUGUACAUUCAUCACACCUCAAGGUAGAUAUAGAUUCCUAAGACUACCCUUCGGGAUAAAUGCAGCUCCAGAACUGUUUCAUUCCAUCAUGACAAACAGAUUCAGUGACAUUUCAGGAGUCCAAAUUAUGAUGGACGAUUUCCUAAUUUAUGGUCAAACAAAAGAAGAACAUGAUUUUAGAUUAAAACAAGUCUUAGAUAGAGCUAGGGAGUUAGGAAUAAAAUUUAAUAAAGAAAAGUCUAAUAUAUCUAAAAGUAAAGGCAAGUACUUAAGACACAUCUUUUCUAAAGAUGGUGUGAAAGUUGAUGAAAACAAAGUCAAAGCCAUUUGCAGUAUGCCACCCCCUACAAAUGUCACAGAAUUACAAAGAUUUUUAGGUAUGGUAACAUACUUAGGCUCAUACAUAGAGAAUCUGUCAGAAAAAACUUCUAAUUUAAGAAUGCUUUUGUCUAAAGAAAAUGAAUGGUCUUGGCAAGAGAGACAUAACAUAGAAUUUAAUGUAUUAAAAGAGACUAUAACUAAAGCCCCUGUCUUGACAUAUUAUGAUCAAAAUAAACCUUUUACACUGUCAGUUGAUUCGUCUAAAGAUGCCAUGGGUGCAGUGAUUUGCCAUGAUAAACACCCCAUUGCAUAUGCUUCAGCUUCAUUAAGCUCAUGUCAACAGUCAUACUCUCAGAUUGAGAAAGAGCUAUUAGCAAUCCUAUUUGGUUGUACAAAGUUUCACCAAUAUGUCUAUGGUCGCCACACUUUGGUUGAAACAGACCUCAAACCAAUAGUAUCUAUAAAAAACCAAUUUACAACAUUCCACCCCGUCUUCAAAGAAUAAUGCUGAGAUUACAACCAUAUGACCUCAAUGUAACUUACAAACCAGGUAAAUAUCUUUAUGUAGCUGAUACUCUGUCCAGAGCAGCUUUACCAGAACAGUCAUUACAUGAUCUUGAUUCUGACCUAGAUUUACAUGUCAAUUUAGUCAUUAGAUCACUGUCAGUUAGUCCAAAUAAACUUAAAUCUAUUCAAGAACUAACUUCCCAAGACAAGGAAUUGUCACUCUUAAGUAAAUGUUGCAUAGAAGGUUGGCCUGAACAUAAAAAAUUACUUCCAGACAUCCUUAGGUCUUAUUUUCCUUUAAAUGGCAUUAUUAAUGGCAUUGUCUUCAAAAACAACAGUGUCAUUAUACCAGUAGCCGUAACCGUAACCGUUGUCUUCCCUAAACAUUGGUGAUAAAAUAUACUUCAAGAAACAGCCAGACAGUAUUUGGACACCUGGUACUGUUUCUGACAUAGGUCCACAGCCUAGAUCAUAUAUAGUAUAUGAUGUCUCCCCGGAAGGUACUUUUCGUCGUAAUCGCCAACACAUCCUACAACCAAAACUUUCACCCUCUGAGUCCCCUCCUAGUAGUAGUUCACUUCCAUCCCCGUCAGUUCCACAAGAUACUGAUCCAACGUCCCCUUCCAAUGUAUCGCCGUCUUCUCCAUCGAAUUAUCAAUCCCCUGGUAGAAAUAAUCCUGUCCAAGAAUCUAAAACAAACACAUCACAUACACCAAAUACACGUACUCACCACACAACUUAUUCUUCAUUCGGCAGAGCUAUCAUAAAGGCCCGAAGAUUUUGGUAAUUAGUCUAGAAUCUAGAUUAAGUUCAUAAUUUGUACUUAGUUUGUAAAUGUAUUGUUUAAUGUCUUUAACCUAAUUUUGUUUUGUGUAGCUGUCAAAACACAGUUAUGUCAAUUUAGUAGACGUCAAUGUGAGAACUGUCAAAAUUGAAAAUGUCAGUCAAGUCAAUGUUCCGUACCAUUAUUUCAGUCUAAUAGUAUGUAAGAAUUUUGUCAAUGUAAAAAAAAACAAAAGUGUAUACUUACGUACGUACUAUGUUCCACUUCAUGCCAUGUUUUCUUUUCUUAAUAAGGGAGAUGUUACGUAUCUAUGAUUUAAUAUUAUCUAUGGGUUUCCGUUUCCUGUAGUAUGUCUCGGACCGCCUGUCAUGGCUGAAUAUAUGUUUAUGAAUAACA